AUGAGACCUGCUUACUACAAUCUCCAACUAACUCUACCGUCGCUCCAGCGGCAAUCAUCGCGGGCUUGCCUAUCGUGCGGUGGUUUAGCUGAUUCGUACUGUAGUGGAUGCGGCCUGGCUCCCUACUGCAGCACGAAAUGCCAACAAAGCGACUGGAACCGCAGGCAUAGAUAUGUCUGUCAUAAUCUGGCGUGUUCAACGACCUCCGAGUUCAAAGUAAAGGAGAGUAUUGAUGUUCCCGAACCUGAAAUCUCAUCUCCUGCGCCUCUACGUCAACCACACUCAUCAAACAGAAAGGAUUAUAAGGCUGAUGUCAAUAAUAAAACCAAAAAGAAUUUCAACCAAAAGCAAAUAAGGACUAACAGUAGCUUUCAGAAUAAAACCAUGAGGCGUCCUAGACUUGGUGGUAAUGAAGAAAAUCUAGAACAAACAGGUGAUGCAGGAAACAAACAAGGUCAAACAAUCAAUCACAUACCCAACAAGAUAGAUAUGAAACCAGAAACCAAACCGGAAACCGUGAAACCAAAACCAGAUGACAAACCUAUAGAUAAGGAACCGAUGAAACCACCGGCCACUGUACAAGAUGUUACUCCAAAGAGCAGGACUAUUGUGCCUAAAGAAUAUCUGCUAGAGAAGUUAUCAUUGAAUGACACGGUGUUACUAUCAGUUGAUUCGGAGGAGGCCGGUGUGUUCGUAUGUCUUAGUCUACAUGAGACUAACGAAGAUGACUACCAGCUACUGUGUGGGCAGUUCGGAGAGGAGUGUGAGGGAAGGGAAAGCGUGGUUCCAAAACCUGGUGAUCUAUUCGCGCUAUUCUACUCGGAAGACGGCGCUUGGUAUCGCGCUAGGCGUUUGUCAAACAACCGCGUCGCUCUCAUAGAUUCCAGUAAAGUGGUAGAUAUUAACUCAAACGACAGAAUGGUAGAAUUACCUCCUAAAUACAUUCAAAUACCGGAAUGCUGCUGUCAGUUAAAGGCGAAAGUUAAGCUGGGCGAUAAUCUAAAGUGUACAUUGGUGUCGAAAACUAGUGAUGGCUUCAGGGUUUCCUUACGGAAUGCGGAAACGGAUGUUGAUAUGGGGCAAGGUGAAGUUAAAAGAUGGAAACCAGCCGUGGAGUAUGAAGUUGAUAAAACACAUGCGGCCAUACCGGAAGUACCACGGCCAUCUUUAUCAAAUAUGGCUGCCGUCUUCCUAGUACACAAUUCAGGUGUUGAUAUGUUUGUUCGUCCUGUUGGAGUCAAACUACAAGGUGUAUUUGAGAGUCUCAUACAAGAUGAAGUGGCUGCUGGGAUGAAAGCUCUUCCUUUCAAAGAUCCACCGCGCGCCGGUCAGACGGUGCUAUGUCAACAUACAGACGGCCUCUACUACCGCGGGCUCUGUAAGAGAACUAACUUCAAGAAGAACAAAUACAUGAUCGAGUUUAUUGAAUACGGCAACACUGUUAUUACUACAUUAGAGAAAUUAGCUCUAUGUCCUGAAGAUUUGGAUAUAAUGAACAGACCAACACCAGUUUCUGUCGUCAAAUUAGAUUUGGAGAUUGUGAUAAAUGAUAACGGACAACAGUACUUGGAGAAAAUUAGGGAUGAUGAAGUGGAACUCAUAGUGAACUCAAAGGAUAAAUCGGCUGUCAUUCAAAGCGGUUCUGUGGUUGAUUUGGUUGACAAGAAAACAAAGGAAUCGUUGACCAAAAAAUUGGAGAUUGUGUGUUCACCGGAAUGGAAGAAGAUUGAACAGAAUGGAGGGGAUGUUGUUGAUUGCGAGCCGUUAAUGUACAGUUCGCUUGAAUACUUUGAUCUGCCGUCUUCUAAGUGCGAGUUGUGCGUUUUGGAUAUCAGUACAUUCCGCGAGGGGGCGCUGGGUGUGUGUGACGUAAGCAUCGGUCAUGAAAAACGGCUUCAAGCUCUCACGGAACAGAUUGAAGCCUACGUAAAAAGUGAUCUCGGUAAAGAUCCCUACCUACCAAAGAUUGAGGAGCUCUGCCUGGCGCCUUGCCCACCGUAUCCCCAGUACUUCAGGGCCGUGUUGUGCAGUCACACGGCUGGUUCCAGCGAGGCGACGGUCUGCUAUGUGGACUACAACAACGUGGACACGGUGGACGUGGCGAGCAUCAGGAAGAUGAUGAGGGACUUCACGCACACGCCCGCGCUCGCCUGCCACGCGGAGAUUAGAGGUUUUCCGUCCAAACCAUCAGAUACACAGCUGGCUCGGGCAUUGGAAUACAUGAAAAUCGAUGACCAGGGACGAGGAAAACUAUCGGUGGAAAAAUGUGAGAAAAUUGAUCCCGGCUUCUAUAUAGUUGAUGCUCCCGAACUACUGGCUGCUAUGAUGCAGUGA